CACCACCUCCCUCUCUUGCAACUCUCAGCCCGUUCGCAUCGUCUUCUAUCUUGGUGCGAACAUCACACUGAUGAAUUUCAGCCUGCAUUCAGGUGCAAUCACGACCGCUGUCACUGCCACUGCCUAGCUACAGCUAUCAGCCACCAUGCCGCCAAUCCGCACAAUGCCGAUUGCGAAGCCCAUCCGCACUGAGCGCACCCACGAAGAGAACCAGGAAAGAGCCUACAUUGCAGCAUCGCGACGAAGCGACCGGAGCCUGGAAGCGCGCGUCGAAUCCGCUCGACGAGCAUCCGAGAUCCACAAGAAGCGCACCGGCCGAUCACUACGAGUCAGAGAAGAGGAUGUGAUGAACGAGGAGAUGUACGAAGAAGAGGAUGAUGACCUGCCCAUGCAGUUCCGAAGAAUCAACGCAUUGAACCCAGGCUUCGCCUACAGCGCUUUCAACGAGCGAGUCAACAGCUACCUCCAAGGACAGAUCGGAGUCCGAAACUACUUGCACCAAGCAAUAUACCAGGCCAACCAAAACUACAAUGCCAAUCAAAUGUACAACCCCAUGUUGCAGCAAAGCGGCCAGCAAGCGUGGCAGAUGAACAUGCAAAAUGCUCUUCCUGCAUCUGCACACGCCCGGUCGGCAUCGAUAGCCACUCCACAAGCGUUCACUAGCCAACAACAGCCAUCACCAGGUGCGAAGCCAACCACGUCAAAUACAUCAGACGCGCAACGACCAGCUUCCACUGCUGUUUCACCGGCUGCCAGGUCAUCCCCCGAACCACGAAGACAGAGUUCCAGCUCAAUGACACCGGCGUCGAUGGCAAUGCAGCCACAGACUCCCGGACAACCCGCACAUCCUAUGCAAUCGCCAUCUCUGGAUGGUCCAUUGACACUUCAGCUUGAGCCCAAUGUACAGCAGCUGGUCGAUGGUCAGCAGGCGGCGCUCGGCGUCCAGCCAUACAUGAUGUCUAGCGGAGUACCCAUGCCAUCCAUGAGCUACUCGUACAAUCCCAAUGGAAAGUCGAGCAAGCGUGGUUCUCCUGUCAGUGCUCAAUCCGGAUUGCAACAAACACUUUCACCAUACAACAUGCACCACGACCUCUCAUCACGGUCGCUAUAUCAGGAGCCAAUGUCAGCUGCGAGCGCACCAGGUGCGCUCGACUACAACUUUGGCUACGACAUGCUCAGCAGUGACUUUGGCGCCAGCUACAACACAGGCGCCGACUCCACAUACGCAUUCGAUCUGGACUUCAGCAGCGGUCACCACACAGGGAACGCGAACAACAGUGGGCAGGUUACACCUGCCGGCCUGGAGGCCAGCUGGAAUCCCGAUGAUUUCUUCAACUACCCAGCAUCUGGUGAAUGAGGUUGAGCAAGCUACAACAGCUAGAUGAUGCAACAUCACACCGCAUGUGCAGUUCCGUCGACCAAGAAUCACCGGCACGGUUCCGGUCACGCACGUCUCACUCAUGAGCCAUUAGCGCUCUCGCGAGGCUACCACUAGACCUGUCGUGGCAACGCAUUCGUGCAGAAUCAGCCGCGAGGAUCUUCGAUCAUCGGCACUUGCCAGAUGGCCGGAGCCACGAAGAGUUCGACCGGUCGGAUUCCGCCGUAUCUACUGUAACACUAAGAAAAUCGCUUCAAUGUGUAUUGUUACGAUGAGAGCACCGAGGAGAAACGUCGCCAGAGAAGCAAUAGGCGCGGAGCAAUGGAAGCAGAGGAGGAAAUGGACGAAGUAACGAAUCUCAUUUAGAUACCAAACUCAUAACAUGUAAGGAGUUUUGGGCGUAUGUGGGUAACAGACGGAAGGAAAGCAGGCCUGCGAGGUAUUCACUGCGGCUCAACCUAACAAAACAAAUCAAAAAACAUCAAUUCCGCAC